AUAGAGAGGCAGAGAGAGAGAGAGAGAGAGAGACACACACACGCAAACCCAAGUGAGCUACCCAUCAAACACCACCUCCUCUCUACCUCCCCCAUUUCUCCAGGCCAAAAAUGAGCACCCAAGCUGCCGAAAACGACAAAAGGAAUAAAGAAGAAGGAGAAGGCAAGAAGCCCAAAAGAGUUCCAUUGAUGAAACUCUUCGCAUUUGCCGACGUCUACGAUUACUUUCUCAUGUUUGUUGGGUCAAUCGGAGCUUGCAUUCACGGCGCUUCGGUGCCGGUUUUCUUCAUUUUCUUUGGAAAGUUAAUAAACAUCAUUGGAUUGGCUUAUCUCUUUCCUGCACAAGCUUCUCAUAGAGUAGCCAAGUACUCAUUGGAUUUUGUAUAUCUCAGUGUGGUUAUAUUAUUUUCAUCAUGGACCGAGGUGGCUUGUUGGAUGCACAGUGGGGAAAGGCAAGCGGCAAAGAUGAGGAUGGCAUAUCUGAGGUCCAUGUUGAAUCAAGACAUAAGUGUUUUUGACACAGAAGAGUCCUCCACUGGACAAGUCAUUUCUGCUAUUACUAGUGACAUUCUUGUUGUUCAAGAUGCCAUUUCUGAGAAGGUGGGAAACUUCAUGCACUACAUCAGCAGAUUCAUAGCAGGAUUCACAAUAGGGUUCAUAAGGGUGUGGCAGAUUAGUUUGGUGACUCUGUCAAUCGUACCCUUAAUUGCCAUUGCUGGUGGUGUCUAUGCUUUUGUUGCCACUGGUCUCAUUGUCAGAGUCCGCAAAUCUUACGUCAAGGCCGGUGACAUUGCCCAAGAGGUGAUUGGGAAUGUCAGAACGGUCCAAGCAUUUGCAGGAGAGGAAAGGGCAGUGAGAUCAUAUAGAACAGCACUGCUCAACACUUACAAGUAUGGGAGGAAAGCAGGACUAGCCAAGGGUCUGGGACUAGGCACCAUGCACUGUGUCCUUUUCCUUUCAUGGUCUUUGCUUGUUUGGUACACUAGUGUUGUUGUUCACAAGAACAUUGCCAAUGGAGGAGAGUCUUUCACUACCAUGCUCAAUGUUGUUAUCGCUGGACUGUCACUAGGACAGGCAGCUCCAGACAUCUCUGCAUUCCUCCGAGCAAAGGCAGCUGCUUAUCCCAUAUUUGAGAUGAUAGAGAAAAAUGCAGUAAGCAAAACAAGCACGAAAACUGGCAGGAAACUAAACAACCUCGAAGGCCAUAUCCAGUUCAAGGACGUAUGUUUUAGCUACCCAUCUCGUCCUGAUGCUAUGAUUUUCAAUAAGCUCUGUCUUGAUAUACCUUCCGGUAAGAUUGUAGCCCUUGUGGGAGGAAGUGGGUCUGGAAAGAGCACAGUUAUAUCUUUGAUUGAGCGCUUUUACCAGCCCUUAUCGGGACCGAUACUAUUAGAUGGAACCGAUAUCAGGGAGAUUGACCUCAAAUGGCUCAGGCAACAGAUUGGGUUGGUUAAUCAAGAGCCUGCACUUUUUGCUACAACCAUUAGGGAGAACAUUCUCUAUGGCAAAGAUGAUGCCACACUUGAUGAGAUUAGCCGUGCCGCAAAACUUUCAGAAGCACUCACUUUCAUCAACAAGCUUCCAGAUAGAUUUGAAACUCAGGUGGGUGAAAGGGGAAUACAAUUAUCAGGCGGACAGAAGCAGAGAAUUGCAAUAUCACGUGCGAUAGUAAAGAAUCCUUCAAUACUUCUGCUGGAUGAAGCUACGAGUGCACUUGACGCAGAGUCUGAGAAGAGUGUGCAGGAGGCACUUGAUCGUGUGAUGGUGGGACGAACAACUAUAGUUGUUGCCCAUCGGCUUUCAACUAUUAGAAAUGCAGAUAUAAUAGCUGUUGUUCAAAGUGGGAAGAUAGUUGAAACCGGGAGUCAUGACGAUCUCAUUUCAAAACCAAAUGGUGCCUAUGCAUCACUUGCUCAACUCCAAGAGGCAGCUUCCUCACAUUGCCUCCCUUCAUGUGGACCUACUCUGGGACAACCUCUCAGCAUUAAGUAUUCCCAUGAAUUAUCCCACACAAGCAGCCAUGGUGCAAGUUUUCAAUCUGAUAAAGUAUCUGUCAGCCGAAUUGGAGGUGAGGUAGCAGAGAUUGUUAAGCCAACACGUGUGUCUAGUAGAAGAUUGUAUUCGAUGGUGGGUCCUGAUUGGAUUUAUGGGGUAUCUGGCACAAUUUGUGCAUUUAUUGCUGGAGCCCAGUUUCCUCUUUUCGCUCUUGGUGUCACUCAGGCUCUUGUAUCUUAUUACAUGGACUGGGACACGACAUGCCGUGAAGUAAAGAAGAUUGCACUCCUCUUCUGUGGUGGUGCUGUUAUAACUGUUAUUGUUAAUGCCAUCACACAUCUCUCUUUUGGGAUCAUGGGAGAGCGGCUUACUCUUCGUGUGCGGGAAAUGAUGUUUUCUUCCAUUUUGAGAAACGAGAUUGGAUGGUUUGAUGAAACAAACAACACAAGUUCCAUGCUUGCAUCUCGUUUAGAGAGUGAUGCAACUUUAUUGCGAACUGUCGUUGUUGAUCGCUCUACAAUUCUCUUACAGAAUGUUGGUUUGGUUGUUACCUCAUUCAUCAUUGCCUUCAUCUUGAACUGGAGGCUUACACUUGUUGUCAUGGCCACAUAUCCAUUGAUCAUUAGUGGCCACAUCAGCGAGAAAAUGUUCAUGAAAGGGUAUGGUGGUAACUUGAGCAAAGCCUAUCUCAAAGCUAACAUGCUUGCUGGUGAGGCUGUGAGUAAUAUCCGCACUGUCGCUGCUUUUUGCUCUGAAGAAAAGGUCCUUGACCUUUAUACUCAUGAGCUUGUUGAGCCUUCAAGGCGUUCAUUUACUCGUGGUCAGAUUGCUGGCAUAUUCUAUGGAGUCUCUCAAUUCUUCAUCUUCUCAUCCUAUGGCCUUGCUUUAUGGUAUGGUUCUGUUUUGAUGGGGAAGGAGAUUGCUAGCUUUAAAUCGGUCAUGAAAUCGUUUAUGGUUUUGAUUGUGACAGCACUAGCCAUGGGUGAAACUUUGGCAAUGGCACCGGACCUUCUAAAAGGGCACCAAAUGGUGGCAUCAGUCUUCGAGGUGCUUGACCGGAAGACAGAGGUAACAGAUGAUAUCGGAGAAGAACUAAUAAGGGUGGAGGGCACAAUUGAGCUGAAGGGUGUCCAAUUUAGCUACCCUUCAAGGCCUAAUGUACUGAUUUUCAAGGACUUUGAGCUAAGAGUGUGUGCGGGCCAGAGCAUGGCAUUAGUGGGGCAGAGUGGGUCAGGUAAAAGUUCAGUGCUCUCUCUGAUACUCCGAUUUUACGAUCCGACAGUCGGGAAAGUGAUGAUUGAUGGGAAAGAUAUCAAGAAACUCAAGCUCGAAUCUCUCAGGAAGCACGUAGGCCUAGUCCAACAAGAACCGGCCCUCUUUGCCACGUCAAUUUUUGAAAACAUCCUUUAUGGAAAAGAGGGAGCCUCGGAAGGUGAAGUGAUUGAAGCAGCAAAACUAGCUAAUGCACAUAGUUUUAUAAGUGCCCUUCCAGAGGGCUACUUGACCAAAGUUGGAGAGCGAGGAGUGCAACUGUCCGGUGGCCAGAAGCAACGAGUGGCCAUUGCUCGGGCUGUUCUUAAAAACCCAGCAAUCUUGUUACUAGACGAAGCCACGAGCGCUCUAGACGUGGAGUCAGAGCAGGUAAUUCAACAAGCGCUAGAUAGGUUGAUGAAGAACAGGACUACAGUCGUGGUGGCACAUAGGCUAUCGACCAUAAGAAAUGCAGACCUAAUAUCGGUUUUACAAGAUGGGAAGAUAGUAGAGCAAGGGAUUCAUUCUGCUCUUGUAGAGAACAAAGAUGGGGCGUACUUCAAGUUAAUCAGCUUACAACCGCAGCAACAACAGUAUCAACAAUAGCAACUUCAAUGUUUUACCAUUGUUUUACAAUUUUUUUUUUUUUUUGCCGUUGUUUUUAUGAGAAGAUUACACAUGUUAAUGCUUUCAUUGUAGAUUAGGUUUGCCCAUUCUCUUGUUGCUAUUCUGCUUGUAUGAAGAAUAUUCUGUGCCUGAGCAAAGUGCAUGAAAAUAAAAUUUUUAAAAGAGUGUUUAAAAUAAAAAUAUGGGAAAUAAGAAUUACAAAUGUUAUAUA